AUGAGCGCGCAGGAAGCCAAUACGCGGGCGGCCACGGCGCGGGAAGCUACGGCAGGCGCGCAGCAGCAGUGGCGCUCACGGGCGAUGCAGCUGCAGAUGGGCGCGCGGACAGGGGGGACCAGGCGGGGGAGAGGCAGGGCGGGGGAGGGGACAGGGCGGGGGAGGGAUAGGCCGGGGGAGAGGACAUGCAUCACGUCUUAUCAAGACGUGGGGUGGUGCAGGCUUGCGCUCGACUGCACGGAGCAAGUGAGCGCAGCAGGUGCGAAUGGCGCGUGCGAGUGGCGUGUGCGAGUGGCGUGUGCGAGUGGCGUGUGCGAGUGGCGUGUGCGAGUGGCGUGUGCGAGUCACUUGUGCGAGUGGCGUGUGCGAGUGGCGCGUGCGAGUGGCGUGUGCGAGUGGCGCGUGCGAGUGGCGCGUGCGACUGGGCGCGUGAGAGUGGCGCGUGCGAGUGGCGUGUGUGAGUGGCGUGUGGAAGUGGCAGGUGCGAGUGGCGUGUGCGAGUGGCGUGUGAGAGUGGCGUGUGAGAGUGGCGUGUGCGAGUGGCGUAUGCGGGACAAAGCUGCAGGGAAGACGGGAGGCAUGCAGGUGGACUCGUCUCCUCCACGCGCCACGCGCGUCCACCUGUACACCGCUGCCACUGUUGCACGUCACUGUGCGGGGCUUCACUCGUGGUGCGGGCACACUCUCGUGGACUUAGUCUGUGGCAACAGGACAGCUGUACUACCGCUGUGUGCUGACGGGGCAGCUGUACUGGACCGCUGUGUGCUGCACAUGCACCCGUGCCGCUGA